AACAGUCUGUGGUUCAGUGUUCAGGGCGCCUGGGUUCCUUCGGCAGCGAACUUGAACCUGAGACCUGUUCUUGAUCUUCUUCUGGUGGCUUGGUCUUCCUGCUGGUCCUGGUUUUAUCCACAGGGGUCCCGGGUCUAAGUCCGACGGUCUCUGCUGGACUGAACAUGUUUCUGUCUCUGCUGCAGUGAUUUCACAACACUUUGAUCCUCAGUCCGGUCUCUGCUCGUUAAAACGUCUCUGUCUCAGGAGAAAUGUCAGCUCUAAGCCCGGACCAGAUCCUGACCGGACAGCACAGCCGAACCGGAGCCGAGCAGGAGCAGCAGGAGGCCGGGAUCCUACAGCCGCAGACCGUGUUUGUCAUCCUGGACUCGGCUGAAACACUCAAUCUGGUCCGGGUGGAGUCUGGGAUUGUCGCUGACAUCGAGGUUGACAGUUUGCUGCCAUCAGGCUGCGACACCUUCUACCAGAUCAAGAGUCAGCCAAUAAGCAUCAGUACAUCAGCAGCAGCUUCCUCCUCUUCCUCCUCUUCAUCCUCACUGCCGACAGUCAUGUCAUCCAGGGUUUUGAUGCGUCAGGAUCUGAUGCGUCAGCAGGCUCUGGAGGAGGAGCAGAAAGAGGCGCAGCAGCAGCUGCUCCGCUCAAAUGACUCCUCCUCCCCCAUAUCUGUGUCUGUUUCCUCCUCCUGCAGACCUCCUGCUCAGGUCCCUGUGGAGGUGCUCAAGGUGCAGACUCACCUGGAGAACCCCACAAGGUAUCACAUCCAGCAGGCACAGAGGCAGCAGGUGCGUCAGUACCUCUCCACCACACAGACCGCCAUCACCACCAAGACAGCCAAUCAGGAACCAGCUGGACCAUCACCAAGCCACUCCCCCCUGCUGUGCUCCGCCCCCGGGCUACAGCCAGCAGAUGGCAAACAGAAAAUGGAAGAGACCGUCAUCGAUGACAUCAUCAGUCUGGAGUCGAGCCUGAAUGAUGAAUUUCUGACACUGAUUGACUCUGGACUACAGCUCGCCAACACGCUGCCGGUGUCGGGGACCAUGCUGGAUGUGUAUGGCGGAGGGACGACCACACCCACCAUCACCGUUAGCAACAGCUGCCCGGCUGAGCUCCACACAGUCAAGACAGAGCUGAGCGAUGUGGAAACGAAAGCUCUGAUCAAAGAGAGACAGAAGAAGGACAACCACAACCUCAUCGAGAGGAGGAGGAGGUUCAACAUCAACGACCGGAUCAAAGAACUCGGAGGACUCAUCCCCAAAUCCACCGACCUGGAGAUGAGGUGGAACAAGGGGACCAUCCUGAAGGCUUCAGUAGAUUACAUCCGCAAAAUGCAGAAAGAACAACAGAGAGCCAGAGAGAUGGAGGAGAGACAGAGGAGGCUAGAGAACACCAACCGCUCCCUGCUGCUCCGCAUUCAGGAGCUGGAGCUUCAGGCUCGUCUCCAUGGACUCUCUUCCUCCUCGCCUCACCCCAACUCCUCCUCCUCCUCCUCUCUGGACCCCCAAGCCUUGCUCUCCCCCACACUGCCUCACCCGUUCUCCAACUCCUCCUCUCCUGCCUCCUCUCUGGUGACUCCCUCUCUGGGUCUGGACGCCCUGAACUUCGUGGACCUGGACGAGCCUCAGGGAGCCUCUACCGUCUUCUCCCCAGACCUGAUGUCUGACGUGGGGCUGACGGAGCUCCACGGCCUGGGAGACAUCCUGAUGGAUGAGGGAGGAGGAGGGGAAGGAGGGGUGAUGUCCGACCCCCUGCUGUCCUGCGGCGCCUCAAAGACCAGCAGCAGGAGGAGCAGUUUCAGCAUGGACGAGGACCUCUGAUGACAUCAUCACACAUGCAGAAAUCUGAUUGGCCAGAGCUGGAGGCGCGACUCUGACCAGCUGGGAGUUUUUUUAUUGGUUAAUAGAAAUAUUUUUCAUCAGUGACAUCAUCACAACAAACAAUGCACAAAUGUGAUGUCACAGGGAGCAAAUGUGUACUACAGUGUAACUACAGUAACCACUGUGAGUCCUCCAGUGUCUUUUAGUUUACCCAUGGUAACCGAUAUGUCCUCCAGUGUCACCGCAGUAAGCAUGGUUACUGCUGUGUCUUCCAGUGUACCCAUGAUAACCAAUAUUUGUUCUCCAGUGUCACCAUGGUAACCACAGUUUUUUCUCCAGUGUAACCAUGGCAACAGCUGUGUUGUCUCAUCCUUGUCAACAUCAGAAACCACAGAGCAGAAGCUGAUCGGCUGUUAGUGAACAAACUCACAGCUGAUUGGUUGGUAGAACAGCAGUUGAUCAAUAACUCAUGAUCAGUAAAAUCAUUUUUAAGGUCUGAAGUUCUAUUUUUUAAAAACAAACAUGAAACAAACAUUCAAACUCUAACCCUCCUCUGAUUGGCUGAACCAAUCAGUGACCUGUAAGCCAUGGCCUGAUUGGUCCUGGUCCUGGUCCUUGGUCCUGGUCAGCAGCUGGGACCUCUGAGUCCCACAUCCUCUGGUCCACAUCGUUUGGAAGACCGCUGCUGCCAGGGAAAAGAACAAAAACAAAAACAGAAAAUAUAAGAUAUAAACUUAAGAAGGACUCUGGUUCUGAGGGAUUUAAGGAACCACAGUUUCCUGGUUUAUUUGUUGUAUUUUAAAAAUCUGCUCACUUAAACCAUGACUCACUGAAAUGAAAAUAUUAGAUGUAAAAUCAAAAUUCUAACUCAAUAUUCGAUCAACUUCACUUUAAGAUGAAAAUGUUUGAUUGAUUACACUGCAGUGAUGGACAGUCUGUCAAUCAGUUGCUCUCCAGGCCGCAGUGGAGAGAAGGUCUCACCUAAAUUUAAAAAAAGGCUUUAACUCACCUGUGCUCAUGUUUAGUUAAUCAGUCUUUUUCAGCUAUAGGUCAGAACUAUACCUGGUCAUGCUCCAUCUGUGAUGUCACAGCAAGUCUAACUUGUGGCAGCAUCAAGCGAUUCAAAGCCUGAACCCCUUAGUAGAAACCAGGUGUACAUUAGGGCUGCAUAGUUUUACCUGUUGUGAAUAGUUUAACCAGCAGAUGGUGCUGUCAGUAGUCUGCUGCGACUCCCUCAGCUCAGCCCUGUAAACAUGAAAACUGUACGUAAACAUAAACAUAAACAGAAUCACUGUGCUGCAAGCAAAGGGAGGAGAAAUAUUAGAGGAGCACACCUGGUCAGGUUCACUAUACUGAUGCAGGUGUUUCCUGUUAGAGCCUCAGAGGAACAGAAGGGAAACUAACUCAGUUCAUCAUCAUCAUCAUCAUCAUCAUCAUCAUCAUCAUCAUCAUCAUCAUCAUCAUCAUC